UUCAUUUCGGAGAGAUCCAAGUCUCUUGUCAUCUUCAUGGCGCAUCGAAGAGCCAAGCUGUUGUCCCUUCUUUGCGCUCUCUGCUAUUUUCUCAACGCCAUUGCUGCCAAGAGCUAUUACGAUACACUUCAAGUAUCGAAGGGUGCAUCGGACGAGCAGAUAAAGAGAGCAUAUAGGAAGCUGGCAUUGAAGUACCAUCCUGAUAAGAACCAGGGCAACGAAGAAGCUAACAAGAAAUUUGCGGAGAUUAACAAUGCAUAUGAAGUGUUGUCGGAUAGCGAGAAGAGAAGUAUUUAUGACAGGUAUGGUGAAGAGGGUUUGAAGCAGCAUGCUGCUAGUGGAGGCAGAGGUGGUGGAAUGGGAAUGAACAUGCAGGAUAUUUUUAGCUCUUUCUUUGGUGGUGGGUCAAUGGAGGAGGAAGAGAAAAUUCUAAAAGGUGAUGAUGUAAUUGUUGACUUGGACGCAACCCUAGAAGAUUUGUACAUGGGAGGUUCCUUGAAGGUUUGGAGGGAGAAAAAUGUUGUAAAACCAGCACCUGGGAAGAGACGUUGUAACUGUAGAAAUGAGGUUUACCACAAGCAAAUUGGGCCUGGGAUGUUUCAACAGAUGACAGAGCAGGUCUGUGAGCAAUGUCCUAAUGUCAAAUAUGCAAGGGAGGGGUAUUUCAUCACUGUUGAUAUUGAGAAAGGCAUGCAAGAUGGGCAGGAGGUGCUAUUUUAUGAGGAUGGCGAACCCAUAAUUGAUGGAGAAUCUGGAGAUUUAAGGUUUCGUAUCCGUACUGCACCUCAUGACAUCUUCAGAAGGGAAAAGGAUGACUUGCACACCACUGUCACUAUAACUCUGGUUCAAGCCCUUGUCGGUUUUGAGAAGACCAUAAAACACCUAGAUGAGCAUCUGGUGGAUAUAAGCACGAAGGGAAUCACAAAGCCAAAGCAAGUGAGGAAGUUCAAAGGGGAGGGCAUGCCAUUGCAUAUGAGCACGAAGAAAGGAGAUCUUUACGUCACUUUUGAGGUUCUAUUCCCCACAUCACUAACGGAGGAACAGAAAACAAAGAUAAAAGCAAUUCUUGGUUAGAAUACAUACAGGAUACAUGUUAUUUCGCUCAUUAUUUCCUCAAUGUAACAUGAUUAGGUGGUGAUAGUAAAUGCAUGCCUUGGGCUUCCCGCAAUUGCCCUUUUGUUAGUUUACAAAUAGAUGACUUUCCCCCCGUUCAUAAUGAUGCGCAUCCUGUAAUCCUUGCCGUCUUGUGAAUUCCAGUGCCUUCUUGGCGUGCUAUUUUGAUACGAAAAAUAACAGUAGCUGAAAAGAAAUGCCUACAUUAGUUUUGUACCGUGUCUGAAAUUGUUCCCCUGUGAACUAGGACUUGAUUGUAGACAUUGACAGUCUAGUGCCCAUUUCCAUGUCACCUUUCUUCGUGGUUUUAGCCUACACUGAUGGUUGACACUCACUUAAAAUGAGUAAAAGUUGGCAGAUACGAGUUGAGGUCACUUACCCAAGUUGAUUAAUCGUGGAAACUUGGAAAAGUAAGUUGACGGACCUAUGUGCGCUUACCUGCACUCGACGAUUAUUGAACUUCCAAUGUUCAAGGUUUAUAGGUGUAGUUCGGUCAAAUAAUCUAUGUU